AUGACCACUUCCUCUUUUGAAGAGAAGGCUCCUCACCAGAGCAGAACCCCUGGUGCAAUUGCACCCACUUGGGCUGAAGCAUUGUUUGAAAAGAAAAGCUCUCCAACGAAGAGCAAAGCUUCCAAGUUACGCAAGAAGCAGUGCUACACUGUGAAGAAACGCUCCAAGAAAACUGGAACUAAGGUUGGUGCUGGUAUGGAAAUGCCAACCAAGGCUACUGAAGUUGAUAAUGGUGUGAUUGAGCCAAUUAUGGCUGCUGAAGUUUCGGAGGAAACUAAUGUUGAUGUUGGUAUGGAAAAGCUGUUUGUGGCAGGUGAAGUCGCAAAGGCAAAAAAUGGUGAUGAUGGUAUGGAAAAGCCAAGUGAGGCUACUGAAGUUGAUGCUGGUAUGAUUGAGCCAAUUGUGGCUACUGAAGUUUCGAAGGAAACAGCUGUUGAAGUUGGUAUAAUCAAGUCUAUUGCUUUUGCUCGCAUGAUUAAUCCUAAUGAUUGUUUAAACAUUAGAGCACCUAAAUUUUCCAAUAGCAGGGCCAGAAAGAACAAAAAGAAGUCGGGAAAGACGAAAAAGGUCAAGUACUCCAGUUUUAUUCAACCCAUGGAGAAUGACAAGGGACAGCAAAGAAGUGUUGAUAAGUAUGCAGACAUUACGCACUUCGAGACACUUGAGGAUAACAAUUCCAGCAUGGAACAUGCAGACAUUGAAUGCUUAGAGACCUUUGCAGUCGAAGCUCCGCGCGAUGUUGAAGAACAUGCAGACAUUCCUACAGAUAUUGCUGAAGAACAUGCAACCUUUAUGCACUUAGCGACUAUUGAGGCCGCCACUCCCAUCAUUGAGCUUGCAGACACUGCGCACUUAGAGACGGUUAAGGUCGACAAUCGAAGCAUUGAUACUGAGAAGCAUGCAAAUACCCCAUACAUUGAGACCAUCGAAGAGCUCAACACACCUGAAGUUGAUGCUGAAGAACUAAAAUUCUUCUUAGACUUAGAGAUAAUCAAAGAUGUUUACACACCCAAAUUUGAUGAAAAGGUGAAAUUCAUCUUGCACUUAGAAACCAUCGAAGAGGUCGAAGAGGUUGACACAACUGAGAUUAACGAUAUUGAAGUUCAAAUCUUUCCACAUUUAGAAGCUAUUGGGGAGGAAAAAAUUGCCUUCGUUGAAGAUCCACUGGACGUAGAGGCUGCUGAAACUACGAAUAUUCCAGGUUUUCGCAUUUUGGAGUUAGAAAUGGAAUUACGAGUCCACACAGAGACUAACAAUAAAGAUCCAUAUGGAUUCAUUGAAUUGGAGGCAUGCGAGAAGCUCAAUACUCUUGGCACUGAAAGUUCGUUAAAUCUAGUGGAAAUCGAUGGAGCAGUUGAAAAUCCCUAUGAAAAUACUUUUGAAUCUGCCAUGUACUUAGAAGAGGCCAACUAUCCUUGUUUUGAUUUUGUUAGGGACUUCGUGCUUAUUAUUCUUGCUUUCUUUGUUGUUUGGAGCAUCAAGACUAGUUGUAUCCUCAAGUCUUGUUUUUUCCUUUUUAUUUUGAAACACGAUUUUAAACCUAUUACAACUAACCUUGGACACAGUCAAAAUGGUGGAAACAAGGAACGCUUGGAAACCAGUGGAACGCUCGACAAUGAUAGUAAUGGCUUUCAAGAAGAACACAAAUUGCACUUCGAAGCAAAAGCCAGUGGGAAGGCCAAUUUAUCUGACAAUCUUGCUCAUGAUUCCAAAGGCAUCAAGCACUCAGAAACUGAAAUGGUGGCCACAAUUACAAAAUGUGAGUUCCAGAGCAGCCUCGAUUAUUUCAACAUUGUUGAAGGGUUCUGUUUCGGUGAUUCUUUUGAUCGUUUUUCUCCUUCCAAGGAGAAUGGAAAUUACUUCAAACAUUACCCUUCGCUUGGUUUGUUCUUAAAUAAUUCUGAGAAGGAUCUUAUCAUAGCAGACAAUGUGUUAAUCGAAGCUAGCAACACUGCAGUUGAGGAUAUUCCCAUGGAGAGUACAGACUCGGGGUUUGGUAUGCACUCUCCGAAUUCUGACACAAAUAUGAGACCUAAGAAUAUUGAGUCCGUGAUUCAUAAAACUAAUGACUUAAAUCUGGUUUCUAACCAACUCGAAGUCUUGCCUCAGUUGCAGACUUCCCGUGUAUCCUUACAGUCUGGAAAUUUCUCGAACGGAUCAACAUCACCUACCAAACUUUCAUUGAGAAGACUCAUGUCUAGUGCAACAUCAGUAAGCUUAGAGGAAAAUGGUAACCAGAACGAUGAAUUCUUCUUAUUAGAAGUUCACCAAUCUAUAUUUGAACUUGAACUUGAACUGGAUCCUAUUUACCAAAAUAUACCAAAUCCAGGACCUAGUUUAGACUGGAUCAAAUACUCUGUGGCAUACUCUGAGGUAAGAGUUGGGGGACUCGUGCCUAGACAUGCAACAAACAAUAGUAUUCAAUUUGGUACAUUAUUGGUAUUAGUUAUCCAGUUGAUAGUUCUUUUGGUGGAUUGUGUGAUUUCAAUAACUUCGUUUCCUCGGUUUCAAAACCUCAGCUUGUGGACAGCGUUUGGCAUUGUCACAAGGCUUUUGUCCAGACAAUGA